AUGACGAGUAACUGGCUAACAGAUCUCGAAGAAAAAGAGGUUUUAGAACCUAAUCUGGCUCUCAGGUUACAAUCCAAACUCAUUAAACGCAUAGCGGAAUUUUUAGAUUCACGAGAUCGAUACAAUUUAUGUUUGGUUAAUAAGACAUGGUCUCCAACUGCUAUGAAUGUAUUAUGGUCAGAGCCAAUUUUCAAAACGCCAGAUUCUCUUGACUCCUUUCUCCGUGCGGUCAAACAAUCAAAACAACGUGCUUUAAGAGUACGCGUUCUCAACCUAUGUGCUCCAGAUGAAAGCGUCACAAAUUCUUUUGCGCCAGUUUUGAGCUCUGAACAUCCUGUACACAAAACAAUGUCAAGAUAUGUUUUAUCAAAACCAACCUUUAUAACAAGUCUCGUUGAACUAUGUGAAAAAUUACAUAGGAUCAAAGUGUAUGGAUGGAAUCUAACAGAUCAUCACGUACAAUCUUUAUCACAAUAUUGCCCGGAACUUAAAGAAAUCCUAGUUGUUGGCAAUAGUCAAUUGACUUAUAAAGCAUUCAAUUCACUAAUGAGUUGUAUACCUAAUCUUCUUGUAUUGGAUUUGGAUGGCGAUUUUAAUCUUUCUGAUAAUUUUGCAGAAGCAUUAGCAAUCAAAUGCCCAUCGCUAGUCUCUCUUAAACUUUCAACAAAGGCAAUAUCUGAAAAAGGGUUUGAUAUAUUAGCAACAAAAUUAACAAAACUCAAUAAUUUAGUAUUACAAAAUUGUUCCAACCUUACUGAUAAAAAUAUAGAACAUUUUGCAGAAAAAAAUCCUAAACUGCAAAAUCUUCAAUUAUUGGGUGAAACACUCACAAUAAAAUCAUUUAAAGUUGUAAUGUAUCUGAAAGAAUUAAUAAAUUUUGAUCUCAGGUGCUUACAAGAAGUUGAUAAUCUGUCAAAUGAAAUAGAAUGGUUAAGACCAGUUUGUCACAACCUGCGUAUUAUCACGCUUGAAAACUUACCAAUUAAUGAUGACGCAAUUUCAGCAAUCACUGUGCACUGUAAACAUUUGGAGAAAAUUGGACUUUCAAAAUGUCCACAUAUUACAAAUAACUCGAUCAACAGUAUUGCAAAAAAUGAAAAUAAUCUUUAUGUAUUAGACCUAAUUGAAUGCAAAAACGUCACAGAUAUGUCUCUUAAAUAUCUUGGUCGUAAAACCAAUUCUUCACUUACCCACAUUAUUAUAGACUCAUGUGGUCAAUUUAUUCCAGAAACUGUGCACUGGUUUGUCAAAUCUUCACCAAAACUUGAGAAAAUAGUUUUCAAUGGAACACCUUCUAUUACCAAUUCUUUUGUUUAUCAAUUUGCCACAGAACAACAAAAUGCAAGCUAUGACUCAGACUCAGUUGGUGAUGCUCAUCAAAAAUGCACCAUUGAAAAAGAAAAUAUCAAAAAAUUAGCUCAAUUCCAACAGAAAAUGCCUCUCUCAUUCCCAAAUAAAGAUAAACUUGAUGCAUUAUCUUCAGAAUUAGUUACUCCAAAUAGCAACAUUAAUUUUUAUCAUUGUAUGUCACCACCACAAUCUAUGACUGCUAAUGAAUUUCAAAGUGAAUAUUUUCAGAAUAUACCAGAUACAAAAAGUUCCUUCAGCACCACUUCAGUUUCAUCCUCAUCCAAUCAUUCACAAUUACAAGAUAAUCAUUUUUCAGAAAAAACUCCUAUAAAUGGUCGUAAAGAUUUUAAUUCAAUGGAACAUCAACAAGAAAAAGGAAGAAAUGGUUCUUCAGCGGUUCAGUAUUCAACUUCGACUAUUGAAAUAGAUAUUGAUAAUAAUAUUGAGAAAAUGCCACCUAUAAAACUUCCUCAAAUUAAACCACAAUCACGAAAUUUUGUUGAAAAAUCAUCACUCCAACAAGAGAAUAAAGUGUACAAUGAAAAGAUCACAUUUGUUAAACCACUAGUUGGGCAAACCCAAGCAAUCAUUAAUGACUAUGAUUAUGAUGAUAAAACUGUUGGUAAACAAGUAAAAAAUGGCACGCAACCCAAAUCCACAAGUGGAUAUGUAUCAUCAUGGAAUAAUCCUUGUGGGUCUGAAGGAGAUAAUGAUUUAGGUGGUUGGGCAGAUUUUGGAAAUUACAAUGAAAAUAACAAUAAUAACAAUACCUCAGAUGAUGAUACUCUUUUAGUAGAUUUUCAACAAAUUACUCACACAUUACCUACUCAACCUAAAAAUCCACAAAUAAUUUUAGAAAAUUAUAAGACGUCUCCUAAAAAUGAUGACGGUGAUGUUAAGGAAUGGUUUAGAUCAGAUGAAAAUACUAAUAUUCCAAAUAAUAAUUUAGAAUAUACUCCUAUAAUUACACCUAUGGCCAAUAAUAAUUGUAAAUUGUCAGAUAAUUUUGUUUUAGAAAAAAGAAAAGAAAAGAACAAUGAUAGAUAUCAAGCUGAUAACUCCCCGUCGCCACCAUCACCAUUAUCAUCACAAAAUGUUAUAGAUUCUAUUUACAUAUCAGAAAAUGUUAAUCAAGACCAAAGUGAUUCAGUUGAUCUUGGUGCAUGGGGUAGCUUGUUGAUUAAUAAAAUAUCGACAUGGGAUAGUCACGUGAAACGGGCGUCAGGUGUAAAAAGCAAAGUAUCUGAGCUAGAAUUAGAUCAAAUUUUCGAAACUGUCAAGACUAGUGAAACAACUCCUGAUCCUGUUGAAGAAUCAACAAAGCCUCUCUAUUUUGAAAAGAAACAAGUACGAGUUGUUAAUAACGAGCUUGAUGAUCAUGAAGGAUGGGGGUCACCACCACCAAAUGAUAUUUCAUGGAGUGAUCCUCGUCAAGGAAUUUGUAUUGAGAUGAUUGAGGAACAAAACCAAACUGUGUUUUGGGCUAGAAUCAAUGGGGCAUGGCAUAAUGUUACAGAAGAAGCUAAAGCGCCUCAAAAAAAAGAAGAGAUUAAAUCAAGCGAUGCUGAUGAUCAUAAUAUUAACGGAAAUCGUUCAGGACGUCAAGGAGUUGAAGAGGAGGAUGAUGAUUCAGCAUCGGCUGGACCAGAAGAGCAUUAUACUAGGAAUUAUCAAUGGAAGGCACAAGAUGAAUGGAACAAGUAUAAUGUUAAGACAGUCGAGGUUGUGCAUGGUAAAGAUUACAUUACUAAAAAGAAACCUACUCUUCAAAUAUCAGAUACGUCAGGAUCAGAAAGUGAUCCUGAAGAUAGCACACUUUCAGUGCCAGUAUCCCAACAUCUUGAUGAUCAUAUUAUACCUGUUAAAACUAAUGUAACAUCUGUUUCUGAUAAUGAUGACAUUUGGAAUCUCUAUGAUAACGUGAAAAAACCAGAAAAGGAAAAGAAGCAUCUUAGUGAGAGGCAGGUUAUUCAAAAGAUAGAAGACAAUUUUUUGAUAGAUUUGGAUUCAAGUAAAUUAGACGGUGAUAAUAAAGAAAACGAUAGUAGCAACAACAAUAACCUUAAACUUGGCAGAUUAAUCAAUGAGGACAUUUUUAAUUUGUUUAGUUCAAUUAAGCCUUCACCACCAAUAACAAAAUCAAUAAUUGAACGAGGAAAUUUUAUGACAGGUCAAAAAAACGUUAUCAUUAAUGGUGAUAUCAAUAGUGGUGGUGAUAAUUUGUUAUUAGAUAAUAAUAAAAACGAGAUUGCGCCAUUAAUUUCAUUUGAAGAGACUGAUGAAAAUAUCCAAGAUCAAAAAGUUAUUCCAUUAUUGGAAAAUAAUGUUUCCUAUCAAAAUAAUACAGAAACAACAAUAUUAUCAUCAAGUAAAGAAGAUGUAAUAAGAAGUUCAAGUAUAGAUAAAAGACAACAACGAGUAGUAGUAGAAGUUGCAGAAAAAGGUCCUUCGCCCAGUGAACAACUAAGGAUGGACAAUUUAGAAUUGGAGAGUAAACGAUCUGGUGGUGGUGGUAAACCAAUAAAGAUUGAUGUUGAAACAACAAAUUUUGGAGUACAAACUUGUUAUAUUAGUCCAGGUGAUGAUGAUGUUGAUAAAAUUGCAAGAGAAUUUUGUGAUAAGUGGGAAAUGGAAAAAUAUACAACAUCAAUAAUAACUAAAAAAUUGGAAAUUGAGUUUUAUUAG